AUGCAACUCAGAACAAAAAAUUUAUAUCUUUCCUUCGGCAGUGAUAGAUAUCAGUUACUGUCCGAACUAGAUUUGUCAUGUAAUCAAUUGACAGGAGAGAUUCCACACGAAUUAGGAGAUCUACAUGGCCUUCAUUCUCUCAACUUAUCUCACAACCAUCUAAAUGGUCUGAUCCCAGAGAGCUUCCAGAAGCUACAAAACAUAGAGAGUUUAGAUAUUUCAAAUAACAACCUGAGUGGACAAAUCCCUCUGCAGUUACAGGACUUGCACUAUUUGGCUGUCUUCAAUGUUUCCUACAACAAUUUGUCAGGAAGAGCACUUGAAAAGGGACAGUUUUGUACCUUUGAUGAGAGUAGCUACAAAGGAAAUCCGUAUCUUACGUGGGAUACCUGUAAAAGUGAACGUUCAAAACCACCACUACGACCAACUCUGUUGCCUGGUGAAGUAGAAGAAGAAAACUCUGAAAUUGAUUUCAAUGUCUUCUGUUGGAGUUUUGCUGCAUGUUAUGUCAUGGUAAUCCUAGCGUUGGUGACACUCCUUUGGUUCAGUCCUCAUUGCUGGAGAAUGUGGUUUUAUUUUGUGGACGUGUGCCUUCGUAAAUGCUUUGGUCAAUUUCUUCAUGGUUACCACUAA